UGCUCUGCUUCACUCAAGAAACAGCAACAACACUAAACACAAAAUAAUGAAAAAAAUAAGGAUUUGUAAAAAAAACAAACGGGCUCGUUAUUUAAGAUUGAUUCUCCUAUUUUCGUUUUGCGAUUUAGACGUAGGCCUACCACUGUGCUUUUCCGUACACGGACCUAUCGCGUUACCCAGUGCAUGCUGGGAGUUGUAGUUAAAUGGCUUAUAAUCCAAAGGUUAUUUGGUGGGAGUCCGAAAUCUAUUUCCCGUGAGACAACGGGAGCUGCGUAUCCAUGACAGCCGUAUUAUUGUUGUCGAUGGCGCUAACUCUAGCACCAAGGUGGCGACAGCUCGCCCCGCUCACGUUAUAUUUUACAAUGUAAAACGUAGUGUUGAUUAAUUGGCAGCUUCUGGGCCGCGCACGACACGCUCAUUAUGAAUGAAUACACACGGCUGUUCGUGCCUUGUUGACGUUGUCUCUGUCCCGUCCACAUAACGGCAGCUAGUUUACAGCAUCCUCCCAACGGGAGCGUAUGUAGCCAAAGGCGCGUCCAGCUCACUCGCUCCCGGGGCGUUUUAUCUGCGGACCAGAGGAACUAUGCUGGACGUCCGCCUGAACGGUUCCCAGCGAGUCCAGGACGUGGAGGCAAGCAUGAGAGACGAGGGCCCGAGCCCAUAACACGGAGACGAGGGAGAAUGAUUUCACGGUACAAUAGAAGACCCGUAUCGCACACGCUUGAGAUACGUGGGUUGUCGCGCAGCAGCCUUGACCACCACCCUCUCCCAGAGGAAGCAGACGAUAACCAAACGCCUCAGCGUUACCUCCAUGACCUCCAGGAAGCUGCCUCCGCUCACAACAGCUCCGAGACGUCUGCUGCCUCGGGCCACUCUGACUGUCCCACCGUCAUUUCAGUGGACUCCAACCCGUCCUGGUCAGGCAUCCACAGCUCCACAGGCACCGGCAUCUCCACAGAGAGGAGCUCUGUCUUCUCCUGGGGCUACGAUGAGUUCGACAAGGCAGCGUCACGGCAGGUGCAACAGAUGUUUGAGGAGAUCGACAAAGAGCUGUACGAGGGGAGAGGCAGCGGGGGAGGGAUACUCCAGGGGCUGCAGGAAGAGUGUCAGCAGUGGGCCACACGUUUCCCACAUCUUCGGAUCCUGGGGAAUCAGCUGAUGUGUCCCAGUGACGAGGGCUUCCAGUGGUAUGCUACUUCAGGGGAAGGCGGCUCUGCCGGCUGCCCGUCGUCAGCCGCAGAGAGCAGUGCGAAGUCCCAGGAGGAAGAUGAGAGUGGCACAGAGUUGAACGUGCAGGGCAGGAGAGCGGUGCUGAACGAGGCCUCCUCAGCAGAGUUGGAUGAGGCUCCUGGCACCUGCAGCGGCUCCUGCAGUCCCGACGAGCCGAGAGUGAUUGAAGUGGAGGGCCUGAUGGAGGAAUACCUGGCUUUCGAUAGCAGGGACUUGGAGGACGAGUGGGAGCAGGAUUGUUCGGAGUCGGGUCGGAGGCAUCGCUCUCUGCCCCCUGUCUCUCCAUACCGGUGUCGCCGCCAAGCUGUUCUCGACCUGCUGUUUGAUGAUGUGUGGUGGCAGCUGGUUGGCUGGAUGAAAGAGCUGGUUCAACGCCACUGGGAAUGCUGCACCUCAAGCGAUGAAAAGAUUUCUGGGAUCUUGAGCCCUGUGCCGCAGGACUCCCAGAACCCCUUCAUGCUGCUCUCCAUGCUGCCCAAACUCGGCCAGAGCAAGGUGCCCCCCCUCACUGCUGGGCUGCAGUUUCAGAACACAAAGUCAAGGGGCUCAAAGCACAAGUCCAGACGGAAAUCCAAAAAGCAGAAAAGGCCUUCCACUGCGGGAAGGGUCCCAGUCGGAGCACCAGUGACCCAGCACAACCUGAACGACCUAAUUGUGAUCCACAGCAUCCCCCUGCAGCAGAGGAACCUUGUUGUGCUGGAAAGAAACCAGGAGCCAGAGGACCGGGCGUCUCAGAGACCAGGCUCCAGCGUGCUCCCCUCCAGCAAACUGCGCCCUCGCAGAGCCCUGGAGCUGAGCUCCUCCUCGCUGACCCGCCAGGCACAGUCCACCCGACGUAGAAACCCUCCUCCCCGAACACUCCUGCCACUGGUUCCUAGUCUGAGUCAGUCCUGUGCAGCGGGAUCCAUGGAUGAGGUCAUCCGUGGGACACGUCUACACACAGCCAGCGACUGCCUGGCGUCUGCCUUGUUUCCUCUGAGCAGGAACACACUGCUUCCCCCCAUCAGCACCGGAGACCCCGAGUCAUCUCACCCGGGGCAGCAGUGCAAACCUGCACAGCGUCAGAGAGGCCCGUCCAGCCGCGCCCACAGUGCUAUAAAUGACGAGGCCGGCAGUUCAAUACCAAGGGACCGUCACCACCUGCUGGACGUCUUCUCGCGGCCCAACACCACUCACACAUACAGGUCCGACACUCCUUACCGUCGUUCCUUCACAGUGUUGGACAACAUCGGUCAGGGGCGGCCAGGCAGAGUCUCUGUAGCCACAGACUCUCUUGGCAUCGGUGUGAUGGGCAUCAGUCUUGGCAUCAGCAGCUCAUCUUUCUUGGACUCGUUUUCCCACCACCCCUUGGGACACUCGCCCAUCAAAGACAAAGAGGAGCCAGACCCACAAGCCCCCGUCCCGGCGACCUCGGUGCCUGCGUCGGUCCCACCCCGCUCUUACACCAGGGGAAGCAUCUCAACCAGAGCCAGCAGACCUGGCUUGUAGUUUGCUUCCCAACCCUUCAGCCAUUCAUCUUUAUUCACCUCAACAAAGUGCAACUCGCAGCAGCAUCUGCGCCUCCCUUUUUUUAAAUGACAGAAGUAGGAGUUUUUUUUUGGAGCCUAUUUUUGUAUUUCAGAUAUCAGCUUAUGUGGCUGCCAAACACACAGACACUUGAUCAUAUGCAGCAGGAGCUGUAUGUGUGGACAUGUGUACUUUAUGUAUAUCUAUUUAUGUGAAUGUACAGUAUAUUAUCCUCCGUGUUGUGUUGGUAAAUGACUAUGCGGGGAACAACACAUCCCCCUAGACCGGGAUAGAGAGGAUAAAAAGCACUUUCUUUCCUCUCUGGUGCUACAUCAGUUUGGUACUCUAUCUUUUAUAAAGGACACCAUUUUCAACUCAGUUUAAAAUCCUAUUAAUCAGGAGAGGGAAUAUGCUGGCUGAACAUCUGUGGCCCAAGAUAAAUAAAGGAAAAGAAGAAACUGUAAAUAACUAAUUCAUCAUGUCUGUAUUUGAGGUACAUGUUCUUUAUAACCUGAGCAAAGCCAUGUGGGGGUGCUUAGACAGGUAACAUCAGGGUCACUGCACAAAAGGUAGUUUCCCCUUCAUUCAUUUAUAAAAUAAUGUAUCAUGCUGAGGUGACAAAGCUUAAAAAUCAAAGCUUUUCUCCGAUGCAUUUUAUUUUCUAUUUUAUACAAAAUAAAUGGUAAAAAAAAGUGUGUACUGAUGAUGUAUAUAAAUAUGAAUUUAUUUGUAUUUUGGAAACUAAACAAAGAAAAAGACAAGAAAUAAAAGAAUCAUUUACAUUUUGAGAAGCGUCACGAAAAGCGAAUGAGGCAGAUAAAGAAAAUACAGAAGGGAGCCGCCGAAGAGCUGCUGCUCAUUCAUUGGGGCCGAAUACUCUUAAUAAUCUAAAAGGUUUUUUUCACAAGUGUCUCCAUUUAUAAACAUGAUAUUUUCUAUA